AUGAGCCGAGGCUGCUUCAAGGCGAAGUUCCAAGUGCCGGCGGGUGACUUUGCGGAGGUGCGCAUCCCCUUCAGCCACUUCAGUGACAAGUGGAGCCCGGCCACCGGGGAGCAGACCGCGACGUGCAGCGAGGACCCCUCGGUGUGCCCAAGCGCAGCGCGGCUCGCGGCCAUCAAGCGCCUGGAAGUCUGGGCCGAGGGAGCGCUGGGCAAGGUGCACCUGGAGGUGAAAUCCAUCUCGGCGCGCGGGGCAAGCGGUGCGAGCAGUGCGCUCGGGAAGGUGCCGGCGCAGUACAACAGCUGCAGCUCUGGAGUGCAGAGCUCUCUGCGGUACAACAUCUCCAGCCGGAAGGAGCCGACGGUGCCUGUGCCUGUGGACCCCUCCGAGUCGCUUGCGGAGGCGGUGUGCUGCGACAAGCGGACCAAGGUCUACGCGGAGCCUCAGUUCCUCUACCAGGCGCCGGACAUCGCCCUCUUCGAGAAGCUUGGAGAGGGCGCCACCUUCUACGACUCCGCCUGCGGCGUGCCGCUCUUCCGGGCGCCGGUGAACAGGAGCAUGGCGGACUUUAAGGCGGAUACUGAUGAGCAUGGCUGGCCAUCCUUCCGCCUAGAGGAGGUGGUUCGAGAGCAUGUGCGGGUGGACAAGGACGGCUUCGUGUAUUCCUCCUGCGGCACGCACCUGGGGAGCUAUUUGCCCGACAGCAAGGGGCCGCGCUACUGUAUGGACUUAUCUUGCAUUGCGGGCAAUCCUUCGGAGAUCGUGGUUUGA